GUUUUCUUUGAUACUUGAAACAUGCGUGUGAUUUGGAUUUUAUCUUUACUGUUUGUCGUAGCAUGCAGUGCUAGCGAAGAUGGGUCAAAUGCCCAUUACCAAGAAGGUUAUCAUCAAUCUAUCGGAAUUAAGGACGCUGCAAGCAGAAAGAGAUAUGAAGACCAAAUCAUGGCAUUGGGUCCAAUCGUUGGAGGCGUCAUAGCUCCAGUUGCCGCUCACCCUUAUUUGGUCGGAAUUCUUAUAGACGUAAUUGGAAUGCCUUCGCAGUCCGCUUGCGGAGGAUCACUUAUCUCAGCCAGUAGAAUAUUAACAGCAGCUCACUGCUGGAACGAUGGAAGGUUCCAGGCCUGGCGCUUCACCGCUGUCCUCGGCUCACCGUUCCUCUUCCACGGAGGAUUAAGACUAUUCCCCCACGGUAUAGCAGUGCAUCCUAACUACGAUAAGCGCACGCUAGCGAACGACAUCGCAGUACUGUACUUACCCGGUAACGUGCCGCUAAGCAGCAGCAUUCAGCCCAUCCGUUUGCCUCACGGAGCUCUUCUCAACCACGACUUAACGGGAGCAUGGUCAGUCGCAUCUGGGUAUGGAAGAUAUUCGGACGCUGUCAGCCCCACGACCAACACGAUGGCCAGAUUUGUGUCGCUUCAAGUAAUCUCAUUAGACCAAUGCAGGGGAGUAUUUGGAAAUGCCGUUUUGGACUCAAAUAUUUGUACCAAUGGCUAUGGCGGCGUCGGCAUCUGUCGAGGAGACUCCGGUGGUCCGCUGACGGUCACAUACCAUGGAGAGAAGAUUCUAGUUGGAGUUAGUUCGUUUGUAGCUCGGUACGGUUGUGAAUUAGGGUUCCCGUCAGUGUUUGCAAGAGUGACUAGCUUCAUGGACUGGAUUCAAAGGCAUAUGUAAUUUUGAUUCAUUCAUAAACAAUAUAGUGAAGCAUAUUAUGACAAAAGACUUUAUGAAAUUUUCUUUCUAGUCACGACCAAAGUGAACAAAUCUUUUUACGUUAUCCAUUAGGUAUAUCACUCUCGUGUUAUUAAUGGUUUGUUUUUAAGGUAAUAUAAAAUAAAUACACCAAAUUACUUUUUUGAUUCCCUUGAAUACUUACCAUAACAUACAAAUUCACUCGACAUACUGGUAUUUAAAACCCUUAAAACUUUCAUUUCUGGUAUUUUUUUCAUAACCCACUUCAGUUAUUGUUUUUGAUAAUGACAAAACAAAGUAUUUUUAGAUAAAACCGAUUAGACAAUAAUCAUACCUUUCUCAACAGUGGAAAUACUUUUAACAAAUCCCAAUGGGACAAAAACGACGAAUUCCUUUUUGAAAAGCUUCAAAAGUUGUUUUUAGGGUAUUAUUACACGAUUACUUGUAUUUUAUUUUUUACCUCUGAAUUAGAAGAUAGCCCCUAAUUUAAUAAAUCUCUAAAAUACU